GGGUAGUGGUGGCUGCUGGGUGCUGCCCCUGCUGCGCCCUCCAUGCUGAUGGGCUGGUGGGGCUCCAGGGGGCUUCGGGUGCUUUAAAUAAAAAAAAAAAAACCGCGGGGUGAGCUGUGAGCAUGCGGCCAUUAAAUUGCUGAGGGGCCCGGCUCCUUCCUGCUCUUGUCAAGGGUCAGAGCGAUCCGGAAGGGGAGCUGCAAAAUGUCGCCCUAUGGGUGGGGGGGCGGCGCGGUGCCCGGGGGAGGGGGCCGAGCAGCGGAGCUUUGAGUGCCUCCGCCGCUGGGCCCUGAGACCCUGCCAGCGAGUGGUGUGCAGGUCAAGGUUGGGGAAAAAAUCAUGGCGAGUAUUACAGUUGGGUGGUUCUGAGCUGGAUGCAGUUGAGAAAGGUUGUGGUCAGUGUGAGAUUGACCAAUGUGAUGGGAGUGUGGGAUAUGGAGGAAGCCCAGAUGAAAGUGGCGAAACAACACUGGACGCAAUGAUUAUGGAUGGGAACACUAUGGAAGUUGGGGCAGUUGCAGAUCUCAGACGAGUCAAAAAUGCAAUUGGUGUAGCACGAAAGGUCAUUGAGCACACUAAGCAUACAUUAUUAGUGGGAGAGUCAGCCUCCCUGUUUGCUGUACGCAUGGGGUUUCCAUAUGAAGAUUUAACUACCCCAAAAUCUCUUUCGAUAUAUUCAAAGUGGCUUAAUCAAAGCUGUCAGCCAAACUACUGGAAGAAUGUGGUACCAGAUUCUUCAAAAUCAUGUGGGCCAUAUAAACGACUUGAAAAGGUUAUUUGCGAAAAAUGGACCAUCUCACAAAGAAACGUUCAUAAUCAUGAUACUAUUGGUAUGGUUGUAAUUGGUGGGAAUGGAACCGUUGCUUCUGGGACAUCUACUAAUGGUGGAGUCCACAAAAUUCCAGGUCGUGUAGGAGACUCUCCAAUAGCAGGAGCAGGAUCCUAUGCUGAUAGUACAGCUGGAGGAGCUGCAGCCACUGGGGAUGGUGACAUCAUGAUGCGCUUCUUACCCAGCUAUCAAGCUGUAGAGUAUAUGAGGAUGGGAAUGGACCCGACAGUAGCCUGUCAGAAAGUUAUUUCCAGAAUCCAGAAGUAUGUUCCAGAGUUCUUUGGUGCCGUUAUAUGUGCCAAUACAACCGGAAGUUAUGGUGCUGCAUGUAACAAAAUUCCAGGAUUCACUCAGUUUCACUUCAUGGUUUAUAACCCUUUGCUAAGUCAGGCAGCUGAGCAAGUAGUAGAUUGCAUUUAAUUUCUUUUGUCUUCUUGACAUCUAAACUUAGAGGGGGAGAAUGCUAAGGUUCUGCAGGUGUUACUUUCAAAAUUCUUGUUUUUUUUAUUCACUGUUCCAUAAUCAUGUGAACAAGUACAAAGAUAAUGUUGAUGUUGAAGAUAUUACUUCACUGUUUUUAUUGUGUUCUGCUUUAUUAUAGCUCUGUGUAGUGCUGUAGCUUUCUAUCCUAAUUACUUGGUACAUUGACUCUAAAUUAUUGUAAACAGUACUUUAAUCUAGGACAAGAUUUUUGAAAAUGGACUCUGCGGUGUAUCAGGAAAGUGGAUAUAACUACAAAAUUAGUGCUGAUACUUUCACAGUUAACAUAAGGGAUUUGUCUCUGUUUAAAAAUUGACGUCUAAAUAAAAUGGGUGAAAAGUGGCCUCUGUAGGGAGGCAUAUCAAUAAGUCAGGAA